UCGAUCAUACCGGUCAUACCGGUGGUGUCAUGCCGGUUUCAUGACCGGCACAGGUUGAACCAGGUUCAAGCGGGUGGCAUGCCACCGGCAUGACAACCAUGCUCCCAGUAACCUUUAUGCACUCUAGUUGGAAUUUGACACAACCCAAACCCGAAUUGGAGUUCCAAUAUCACUCGUAACAACUCGAUUAUGGUGCUCACACUCCAGUUGCGAGAACUUGUUCACAUAUUUCGCGUAAUUAGAUCGGAUGCUAUGUUGUUGGCAAAUGCUGACCUUUUAGCUGUGGUUGCUCAGCUAUUGUUCUUUUUGUCGUCUUGUGCCUUAAUAAUGGUCACUAACUAAACUGGCAAGUUUGGUCAAACAAAGACCAAAAUAUAUUCCACAAAUCUCUUCAACAGUCGAACACAACAACACCACCACCAACAUAAAAAGGAAUCCAUACCAUGUGAUAAAAUCUGCUUUAGUUUGAUCUUGAUUCGUGACGAUAACAAAAUCUUCUUAAUUACGUGAUUAACUAGCUUCUCCAUCUCUAACCCACCUCUGUAAAUUUUUCUUUUUUUGUUUCUCUCCAGAUCUCUGCCAUCGGAUUUCAACAGCGCAUCCUCCAACGGCACGUGGACCAAAACCUUCUCCACCCGGGAGCGAGAGAAGGCCAGCCGGCGGGAACGCAAGGGGUGGAUGAUAACGAUCCACGACCUCUCCGGCUCGCCCGUCGCCGCCGCGUCGAUGAUCACCCCGUUCGUCCCUUCGCCCGGGUCGGAUCGGGUCUCCCGGUCCAACCCGGGGGCCUGGCUGAUCCUCCGCCCGCACGGGUUCUCGGUCAGCACGUGGAAGCCGUGGGGCCGGCUCGAGGCGUGGAGGGAGCGCGGCGGCGCGGUGGAUGGGCUGGGGUACAAGUUCGAGCUGAUGACCGAAAGCAACGGCGGUCGGGUCGCCAUAGCGGAGGGGAGCGUCGGGGUGAGGAAGGGCGGGCGGUUCGACAUCGACGGGAGGACGGUCAGGGAACCGGUUUCCCGGUCGGGGUCGGCGAAGGGGUUCGUGAUGGGUUCGACCGUGGAAGGGGAAGGGAAGGUUAGUCGGCCCGUGGUUCAGGUCGGGGUCCAGCACGUGACCUGCACGGGGGAUGCUGCGCUGUUCGUGGCGCUAUCCGCUGCGGUCGACCUUAGCAUGGACGCUUGUAGGCUGUUUUCGAGUAAGUUGAGGAAGGAGCUUUGCCAUGAUGAUCAGGAUGGUUUGUGAGGUGAGGGGAGGUAAAAAAAAGUUUUAAUGCUGUGAUGACCAAUAGGGUGGGAGCGGGCGGUAAAAAUUAGUUUAACAGUUGGUUUGAGCGAGUGGUUUAAGGUUAAUUUGUUGGGUAGGGUUGAUUUGUUUAUGUCAUUUUGGACUUUUGGCCUCCUUUCAUGGGUUGAUGAUUGGGGCUGAGCUGUAAAUGGGGACAAUAGCUGGGCCUUACUGGCUGAGGGCCCAUUGGAUCGGUAGGUGGAUUUGGCUGGCAUGUCACCAUCCACGUCCUAAUGUUGGUUGGUUUUGGAGGGGGAAUUCUUUUUUUGCUGCGGUUGUUGUUAGUAUUUAUUAAAUUGGUAAUUUUGUACAAGUUAGUGCUUUCCAGAAAGAAAUGAGAAUGUAUAGGGAAAAGGAAAAUUAUUCAAAAAAAAAAAUAUUGAUUUUAUUAUUCUUUGGAGAUGAUAGUAAAUCCGUAUAACAUGUUUAAUGUUUAAUAUGUAUGUUUAAUAAGCUAAAUUGUUAACUUAACUAUAAUUUAUAUAUUUCUGUACUUUUAAAAUAAUUACUUUUAUAUAUUGAUGAUUGUAGACGUACUAUUAAACGUAAUUUUAGUUU